GAGAUGGCCUCAGCAGCGCUGGGUGGGACGAGCGGUUCCGUCUCUUUAUCUACUGGCUGCGGGCUCUCAUUGGCGGGCUGGCACGCCUAUAGGAGAGAGAGGCUCCCCCGCGACCUUCCCUGCCAUUGGCCAGCGAGCGGGCGGCGCCGUGCCGGGCCGGUGGUGGCGGCGGGGCAGCGGUGGCACGGAGCGGCGGCGGCGGCAGCAUGAGCAGGGCGGCGCGCGCGGGCUGGCGGCUGUGCGCCGCGCGGGGCCGGGCCGGGCUGGUGCUGGGCCGGGCCGGGCGGACGCUGAGCCGCGGGGCCGCCGGUGGCGCGGAGGACAGCGGCGGCGCCGAGGCCGGUGGCGAGUCGGGGUCGCGGGAGGCGGUGGAGCGGCUGGUGCGAGCGCAUCCGGUGGUGGUGUUCAUGAAGGGCAGCCCGGCGCAGCCUCUCUGCGGCUUUAGCAACGCCGUCGUGCAGAUCCUGCGCCUGCACGGCGUGGAGGACUACCGCGCUCACGACGUGCUGCAGGACCCGGACCUCCGCCAAGGAAUAAAAAACUACUCCAACUGGCCUACCAUCCCACAGGUGUACCUCAAUGGUGAAUUUGUUGGUGGCUGUGAUAUACUCCUCCAGAUGCAUCAGAAUGGAGAUCUGGUAGAAGAGCUGAAGAAGUUGGGAAUCCGUUCAGCACUUCUGGAUGCAGAAAAAGACCAAGACAAAAAGUAAAAUGAGCAAAAGAAGAUGCUGUGACAGGAAUAAGGCAAAUAUUUAAUUAGAACUUGUUACCAGUGAAGCCUUACGUACUUUAGCUCAAAGAAGGCAUCUUUUUGAACUGACACUAGGAUUUAUCUAUGAAUGUCUGUUAGCUCGUGGUAAAUGGAGUAAUCUUGGUGUUUUGAUUUAUGGAUAUUGUAAAAAUUUGAGUAUAACCACUGCACUGUAAAGCAUACAUUUGUCGAAAUUUGUAUUUAAAAAAAGGUCACUUUAAAAGCAUUCUUUUCCUGAUUGAGGUGAGAGUAAACCAAAUGAACUAAUAGUAUUUUUAUGGGUUUUGAGUGUGUUUCUCUGUUCUUUGUUAGGUGAACCUAGGCAAACAGUGUUUGCAUUCCUUUGCUUCUCUUGAGAAAGUGUUAAGUGAUAGCCCAUCAGUUUUGCCUCCCGAUAAGACUUCCAGAGAGCCUGUAAUCACCUAUGAUAUAGGAGAAAAAGUCUUCAAACAAUAUAGGUGACAAGAUAAUAUCAGUGCAUGAAAUAUGCUUUUAUUCCAAAGGGUAAAAAUAAACAGACUUGUACAAAUACAUGUAUAAUGGUAACUAUUACUUUGUAACUUUCUGAUGGCUUUUAAAAGAUUGCUAAGAAUUGUGCCUAAAGAUUUUAUAAAACCUUUUCUACCUCUUCCCUCCGCUUAUGUACUUUGUGUAUUGCAGUUCUGUGUCAUUGCUAAAAUGUGGGAAUUGUUUAAGGCUCUAUUAUUCUAUCUUGGAGUAGUAUGGGAGAAUACUUCAAUUCCUGCUGUGAUCCUGUAUUAUUUGCUAGCUACCAAGUUACCUUUCUAUGUUUGUUGUAUUUCCAAGUAUUUUCUCCUGAUCGUGCUCCGAAGAGUGCAUAUGGUAUUAACAGAUGAAAUGUUUCAUGCGGAUGAGUGCUACAGAGAAGCUACUGAAUACAUAAAUACGUCUGUUGUGGAAUGUCUCUGAAGGCUUCAAUACUUAACUGUUUCCCUCAGUGAAAGCAAAUUACAUUAACCAAUGUGGCCUCACCGAGCUAAAAGCUAACCAAGCUGUUUCCAAAUGUAGUGUGCUUUUCUUAAUAUAAACCAGUGUGCAUGUGAAUUAGGCAAAUGAUUGGAAAUAAACUGGAUGUCGUCUUUA